CUGAAAUCAACACCCCUAUCAGUGGGCGAUUCUUCCGUAAAAUGGCUGGUCUGGAGAUCAUUUCUGACCAGGGCUACCGCAUCGAUGGACGCCGUUCCUCGGAGCUUAGGAAGGUCUGUGCCCGUAUGGGGGUGUUCACACAGGCCGAUGGCUCGGCGUACAUCGAGCAGGGAAACACCAAGGCGCUGGCCACCGUGUACGGGCCACACGAGGUGAGGAAGGGAAGAGGCAAGAUCCAACAUGACAGAGCUGUUGUCAACUGUCAGUUCAGCAUGGCUACCUUCAGCACCGGAGAACGGAAAUCCCGGCCGAAGGGGGACCGACGAUCACAGGAGAUGUCCAUGCACCUGCGCCAGACAUUUGAAGCUGUCAUAGUCACUGAGCUGUUCCCCAGGUCACAGAUAGACAUUUAUGUACAGAUCCUACAAGCUGAUGGAGGGAACUACUGUGCCUGUGUGAAUGCAGCCACUCUGGCAGUGAUAGAUGCAGGUAUCCCCAUGAAGGACUAUGUCUGUGCCUGUACAGCAGGCUUUAUCCAGGACUCACCACUGUUAGACAUCAGUUAUGUGGAGGAGUCAGCUGGAGCUCCCUUCCUCACUGUCGCCAUGAUGCCCAAAUCUGAACAGAUUGUCCUGUUGGAGAUGAACUCAAGAUUACAUGCAGAUAACAUGGAGAAAGUUCUGGACCUGGCGACGCAGGGCUGUAAAGAUGUGUUUGCUGUUCUGGACAGGCAUGUCAGGGACCAUGUCAGCGAAUCACAUGCACUCAUGACAGCCUCCUAAUGGAUGACUGCUGAAGGCUGGAAGAACCAGAUUUAGUUACAAGAACUAUAUUUGUAUAACCUGUAACUCUAGAUCUAUUUAACACUGUUUAUGCUGAAAAGUUAUCAAUGAAAAAAAAAAGAAA